CCUACCUAUCCACACUAACGUUCACGCUACAACCAUGAAAAUUAACUUUAUAGUCCUCAUAUUUUUCGUACAUUAUUCACAAACUGUGAAAAUUAAAUCAAAAAACGGUACAAUAAAUAAAUCUGACGAUGCCAUUAAAAAAUAUUUGGAAAAACAUGAAGAAGUCUUGCUAGAAGUUACUAAGAAUAAAAGUGAAGUUAAACCUGUAACAAUCACUGAUGUUGUUAAUGCGAAAAUAGUGCCCGUUGCAGCCAAGAAAGCGAAAGCGCCUCCCAAAAUGAUACCACCAGACAUAAUUCAAGACUGGGCAAAUGAGAUUUCACAAAAAUUGUACGAAAACGAAGCGAUUGUGGUGCGUAGAGAAGUGCUUCUGAAAAGUUUUUCUGAUAUAAAAAUAAAAAUACGCAACGGUACUGCUAUCGUUCACAAAAUGGCUGAAGAUUUAGAAGAAUUGUUAUCGAGGCGAGCUCAUGCUGCUGAAGAAAUUAUGCGACGAGCAGAAGAGUUAGCAACAAUGGAAGCUGAACCAGAUGACAGCUACACUUUCGAUUACAGCGUAGACUUAGAUAAAGUAAAGAAGAAGAUUGAGCAAAGCGAUUUAGAAGAGAACCAAGAACCACUCAGCUGUAGGAAUCUGCGUAAAAUCAAACUCAAAAACAGUAAACAUUUCGAUGCUGACGUAUCGUUAGACUAUUCCAGUGUCCAUGUUUCAGCAGAAGUUUUUGACUGUGCCCCGAAUGUAAAGGAACACCUCUUUUGGUCUGAAGGCUUGCUUUCAACUUUCCAAAAAAACUAUGCUCAAGAUUCGUCCAUGGACUUUCAAUACUUUUGCAGCGCUCAAGGAUUUCUGAGGCACUAUCCUGCGGCACUAUGGGAAAGCAUGUAUAAGUUAAAAUACACCGAAAAAGACUCAGAUAAAGUGUACGACUGUAGACUACGGCCCUGGUAUGUGAGUGCAGGUGGCGCUCCCCGUGAUGUAUUAAUACUUCUCGAUGCGUCAGGAUCUAUGGAGAACUCCUCGAACCAAGUCAUCGCGGAACAAUUCACACUGGCACUGCUCAGCGCGCUUACAGACGACGACAGAGUGAACGUGUUACGUUUCAAUGUUAUCAUAGAAUCACCAAUUAGCUGUUUCAAUGAAAAACUGGUCUCAGCAAAUCAUGUCAACACAGCCGCAAUGAUGGCUGCCAUGAAUAACUAUAAAAUGACGAACGAGACUUUAAUGGCCGACGUUUUAGAAUCUGCAACACGACUGUUACAACGACAACGUUCGACGCCAGACCGGCCGAAAGCCUGUCAGCAAGCAAUUGUGUUACUGACUGACAGUCUCUACGACAACUAUACGCAUUUGAUGAAACAUCUCGACCCCGGGGGAAAUAUUAGAGUGUUCGUGUUAUGGCUGCACGAUGUCUUUGGUCUCCGGGAUAACACACGCACCUAUGGAGAAGGUCUAAGCUGUGAACGUGAUGGUUACUUCGCGGAGCUCAUCACACCGUUUGACGUCACACAACAAGUCCUGAAGAUCCUACAAGUCCUGGAGCGGCCUCUAGUUUCGCAGAGGAAUCAAAGGCUGACAGUCUUCAGUGACGUCUACGCACAUGUUGAGGAUCCUAGAAGGGGCGAGUUGUAUUGGAAAGCCAAGGAGAAUAAAGAACAGUUGAACAGAUAUAAAGACUUGAGACGAAACAAAAAGCAGUUGCUCAAUAGCACACAACUUUAUAAAGACUGGAUGUACCAAGUUAAUUAUAAUAGAUAUGGGCAUUAUUAUGAAGGAGAGGACUUGAACUAUAGAUUGCAGAUCAGCGUUUCGGUUCCAGUGUUCGAUUACAUUACUAGCGAAAAUAUUACCAAGAAACUUGAUGAGGAAAAACAAAGGAAUUCCACUAGAACGUACCCGGUUAACCGGCUUCUAGGAGUGGCUGGAGUAGACAUCCCUAUCGAUCAUUUGAAACUAAUCCUCCCUUAUCACCAGAUUGGUGCCGGGGGAUCUCUAAUCCUGGCUGAUCACCGGGGCAAUAUAGUCAUACACGAUAAUGUACGGCACACAUUCGAUGGCGACAUUUUAAAACCAGGAUAUCGCACCGUUGACCUCUUGGAUCUAGAACAACCAGCUGAAAAUCAUAAACCGCGGUAUUAUCCCCAAGACUGGGUGAAGUUCCGUAGGACGCUGAUAAUAGAUAAAGACAGCGGUAAUGUUACGAUGUAUGGUAAAGGUAUUUAUGACGAUGGAAUGCGAGCUAUUUUGGAAAAUCGUCAAUACUACUGGAAGAGAGUACUGAACCAUUACACUGCGAUAGUGGUGCUGCCCCUCAACAAUAGAGUGCACGCCGUACCCGACGCUAGAUUCACCAAGGAACUAGCUGCAGAGGCAUGGAAAUCACUGUCCAGGACGGACUACGCAGUGAACCCUGAUUGGUUAUACUGUCGUCACAUCGAGCCACACUUCGAGACGCGUGAGGCGGAGGUGCGUCACUUCGUGAAGCGUCGCAGCGAUGAGGCGAACUUCCCGAUGCAAAAACUGAAGUACCUCUUCAGCCCGAUACCGCCUUCUCUAUUCGAGAAGACUUAUCAAUGUAACGAGGACCUGAUGGCUAAAUUCUGCAAGGAAGCUAUCGCGACAGAUCAGUGGGCGCGCGAGCAUGAAGAGCCGGACACCGAGAGAGAUUGCUCCACCUGCGAGCUCGGCUCCACCACCGCAUUCUUCGCCAGUGAGAGCGGUCUAACCCGUUGGCAGCAGUACCAUGCAACAAGCGCGCACGCACUCCCUCCCUCAGGCUCCUGGUGGCCGCGAGGACCUGCGGAGUCGUGGUACAGGCGCGCCGCCGCGUCCCCAGACACACUCAUCAUACAUGCUCCUGUAGAACCUAUUGGAAAGAUGCGCGUUUCGAAAACACGCCCACCACCUUACACUAUACGAUCAGAAUGGCUGACCGCAGCGCGGACACUGGGGUCCGCAGAGCACGGCAUUAUAGGAGUAGCGGGAUAUCACUUCCAUCCACAACACCUCAUCGAUCUACUAGAAUCUGUUACUAACUUCCCAUGUCCCGAAUGUGAAGAUUAUCGAGCUCGUUGCGAUGGAGUGACCUGGUCAUGUGUGUUGAUAGACGAGUACGGCUGGAUAGUGGCCAGGGAGGGCCGCAACCUCACUGAAGAGCCCGAUGAGCCUCUUCGGGAACACUUUGCCUCCGUCUUCCCAAUGGCCAUGAAAGCAUUACUCAAUGCCAGUGUGUUUGAAAUGAAUUGGAUACACGACUACCAAGGAGUUUGCUUCCCCCCCGAAGAUGAACCUCUAAAUUCCGCCAUGACUUUGAUGCCGUCCAUUCUAAGGUCACUGUGGCGGUCAGUAGGCAUUAUACUUCGUGUUACUCAGGAGAUGAUCACUCUCAUUGCCGUACUUAGUUCUAGUUGUGUAACACUAGUGUCGGGGGACACGGAGCAAGAGAAACAGAAACGCAAGAAGCGACUGUGGCGAGACUACGAACGAGAGAAGUACGAGACUUUAUAUGAUGAUCGCGUACUCGUGAAUAGAACAAGAUUCGCUGCCUGUGAUAGAUCUAGGGUGCUCUAUCUUUUACAGAAUACCACAACAGCGCAAAAAGCUCUAAAGAGACCUCCGCAGCCAUGUAGUUGGCCUCUAGUGGCGGCGCGGGUACCAAAGACCAAUCUGCUGUUGGUGGCUGUGUAUAACAAUUGCCCGUUCAGGGGUAAACCUGUUAACGACCCUCUUAUUAAUGAACAGUACCUGGAAGUGGACCCAGACGUGAAAGGGUUCCGACAGAGUUCAGCAAGCAAGCUGGCAUGCUGGCGCAACAGAGUUCCACUGCCAUCGCGCCCGCCGCAUGUCAAGUGCUACCAGCAUAACUACGCACGUGAAGCAGGCUACAGGCAAUGCGGUCCCUGGCUGCCCGACCCAGAGGAAGAAGACGCAGCUUCCAACAUCACAACAUCAAAGACAAUGCUCGCUAUCAUACUCAUCAUGUUCCUCAUCAAACAACUACAGCAACAGCUAUAAAACAAACAAAUAAAACAACACCAACACAUUUCCAUUAACUUGUUUAUUUCAUAAUUUAAAACAAAGAUAUUUGGUUCGGAAAUGAUUGUAAUACUGGAGACCUGCAAACGUCACCAAUUUCAUGACGUCACAUUGAAAUUUAAAAUUAAGUCAAUUGAAUGAUUGAAUGAAUGGAAUGUUAACAAAUCGGUCAAAGCUGUCAUGUUCACUAGAGCUCAGAAGAUAUAGUAAAAUCAAGUUAAUCGAAUCAUUGUAAUCGAUAUACUUUAUCGAUAGUUACGGCAUCAGUGAACAAUCACAGCUAUCUUCCGGAAAAGAUAAUUAUUAUAUGAGUUACAAUUUUAAUAAAUUAGACGAAAACAUUAUAACUAUUGAUGCCUAUCUAAUAAAUUAAAUGUUAAUCAACAGUUACUCUCGAAUUUAUUGCUUGUUGCGUAACAAAUGUGAAAUAAAUGUCAUUGAAUCAUUGUGUUUUUUAAUUCGUUUCUUUUACAAAACAUCCAUUAAAAACUCCAGACUAUGCGUUGCGAAAGACGUCAGCCUUUCGUUCCUACUUCGCCAUUUUUUGGUGUUACAUAACAGAUGUUAAGUUUUGAAAUAUUAUUGAAAAUAUUAGUUUCCCUAGGACAAAUGAAAUAAAUAAAUCAAAGUUAUCGUUUAAACGUCCUAACUACAGAUACUUGCAUCCCCAAUAUGAUGAACGAGCAAGCACUGUUGCUGCCAAUGUUCCGUUAUUUUACCACUAAAUAUUAUACACGUGCUAUUUAACUUACAACCCUGAAAUUCAGACUAUUUAAUGUUCUAUUUUCUUUCAUACGAUCUGCCUACAAACAUUUUCAUGAAAUAAAUAACACGGCGAUGUUAGAAAAAAAGGGGUAAAAUAUUAAUUUCUUAUUAAUUAUACUCUAAAGACAUCUUAUUAAUACGAAUAAUCUUACUGCUCCAUAAUCUUAUUAGACAAAAAUAUAGUUUAGCUAGAUAUUCUUGUAUUACUUCUUUAUAUUGAACUUUAAUAUCUCAAGUUGUAAGUCAACUGGUAUCUUUAAUAUAUUGAGCUUGAACAUCUACACUGCGACCUCUAUCACACUAUAUGAUAACAAUCACAUUUUCAUUUACUUAGCUUUCUCUUUGGUUAGACUUAGAACAUUCCACUAAUAAUCCAUUUCAUCGAAUGUAUUGCAAAUAACUGUAUUUAUAAAACAAUUAAUUAUAAGAAAUCUACAUUUGAAAAGUUCGAAUCUAUUUUUUUAGAAUUUGACGCAUCAAUCAAUUUAAGAAACGCUACUCUGUGUAGUACGGUCCACAUGUACUGAGAUGUCCUAGCGUGAAUGACGCAAACACGAAAUAGAAUAAACACAAAACCUUUCAAGUGCUUGUUGAAAUCAUGAACUCAGUAAAAAAAAGUAGGCUUUCAACGGAAAUUAUGCGUCAGACGAGUCAACUUGUACCUUUACAUUUUCUGGAGUUUCUAAAAGUACUUAAACCAUUUAUCCAGUUUCAUAGCCUCAACCAACACCUUUACUUGCGUUAAUUAUGACAUAGACGUUACACGAAGCCACAAAACACAGUACAUGUAGAACGCACUACACAUUACAUUUAUUUCGAUGAUACUAAAAUAUAUCGCACUAGAUCUGCAUUACAAUCGCUAGCAGAAACCUAGAAAGUACUACCAUAAAUGAAAAAUUACAAAUAAACUGUAAAAUUAAUGCAGAUCUAAUACUAAAGUACUUAAGAGUAAAGGUUUGCCGUUCUCUUAGAUUUAACAUCAAAUGUCAUCUGUAUUGCAGUGUAAGGCAUUUUAUUGAUCAGAGCAUUUCAUUGCGCAAUGACGUCACAAUCUUACUUCGUACUAUUGACAAUAGAGGAGAGCUGAAGAUGGAAAUAUCAGCGGGAAAAUAAGUACACCUAAUGUAGCCUUGUCUAGAAGUAACAAAGAUUCGAAACAAAUUGUCUGCGGUGUUUAUUCCUGGAACGGGUGAGUAGACAUAUUUAUUGUAACACCAAUUUUCGACAGUUUAUAUUCCCAUGUAAUAUAAAGCUAGCUAGUCUAUUGCUAACUAGCUCGACACUCGUGCAAAAUAAUUCCAGACUGACAAUCAGACAGUGGCAUCAUUGUAUUCUGUAUUCUAAUUUAAAAGAAACAAGGUCUAAUCUUCCUUGUACGAAGUAGAUUGUACGGAGUAGAUUGUAACACCACGCUUGUAACAUACAAUAUUUAUAACACUACAAACUUCUGUCAGUUCUUUUUUGGCACUAUGUAACCUAUGAAAAUGUUCAAAACUAGUUCUUUGAUUUAUAUUUGAACAGGAAAUUUCGAUCAAUUUGUGACAAUCCUAUUAUAUUAAUAAAAUACUGUCAUUAUUAAAUAGAUAUACUUAUAUCUAAUGUCAAAUUAUAUUUCAACGAAACUGUAAUAAUUUUUGGUUUAGUAUAAUAAAUAAACAACGAAGAGUUCAACAUACCGUUUUGGCCGUAGUUUAAUGUCAGUAAAAAAAAAUGAAGCUGUAUUGCACAAUUUCGAAUUGAAACCUGGUUAAACAAGCCAAUUUAUUCGUAAACCGACAGCUGCCUUCUUUCGUACGAGAUUUCCAAACGCCACGGCCAACACAAUACACAUACAAAUUAAUUAUAAAACACAAUAUACAUAAAACAACAAAUCUUUGGUAUUUAAUACAUAGGCGAAGUGUAUUAGGCAACAAAUGUUAAUUCAUUAUUAACAAAAGAACACAUUACAUGUGCAAACAAUACAUAAAAAUAAAGAAAACACUAGUAUAUGGUGCACAUUUGUAAAAUAAACUUA